AUGGGUGCGAAAACGGCACCUAAGCACUUUGCGCAGGUGAUGAACCUUAUCUUAAGCCAGCUCGAGACAGACGACCAAGUGAACGUUAGGUCAUAUCAAGAUGACAUCGUUGUGGCGGCGAACUCGAGAGCUGAACUAAACCAACGGUACGACAGAGUAUGCGAACAUCUCAAAGCCAGUGGGUUCAAGAUAAACCCAAAUAAGUCAACGAAAGCGGAAAGCCUAGAUAUUCUAGGCUACCGAUUCGAACAAGGCAGA